CCUCUCUCUGCCCAACAUCCAUUCUUCACUCCUAUUUUCCAGCCCAAAGACCCUGACAUUUCUGCCCAACCGAGACCCAUCCUCGACUCUCUCAAACCAUCCGAACGGCUUAUUUUUAUAUUACUAUACCCAAGACAUUUUCCACUGCUCCGCAGCUUUCACUCUCCCCACUGAGGAUUCUCGUCAAAUAAACCCAUCAGGCCGUAUUUUGAUCUUGCCGGUUGUUUAUCAUCCAAGGAUCGCCCUCUGUACAACAUUCUUGUCGACAGAAGAGACUGUACAAUUACGCAGUUGAGUUGAGAACCAGUCUCGCUUCUGCUCCGCAAGGAUUUCAACCCGCCUUUUCCAGUGUUUGCCACAGGAUUCAAAGGGAUCAUCCGGAGAGCCAGUUACACGCUCCGUUCCACAAGGAAAUCAAAUGACAGCCAUGGUUGCUCCCCGCCCGGACAACAUGUCUGGCUUCAACUCAUCUCUAGAUAUGGACGAUGUCCACACUCCUGCGAGUGACUACAGCUCUUAUUCCCAAGGAAACAUGCUUGCCAAUUCCAGCGGUUCUUUUCUUUACUCUCAAACGGGACAUGCAGACCUCCAUGGUUCAGUGUGGGACACAACAGCAGAAGGAACACAGAACUUCAAUGGUGAUGAGGAUUUCCAUUUUUCAUAUGGCCAAGUUACUCCCAGAGGACAGGACCAAAAUGAGGCCGUUGAUGACAUGACCAGCAAGUGGAUUGCUGCAGAGCAGGCCCACGCUUCCGCCGCAGAGCCCAUGCGACGGAUCAGCUCGAGAGGCUCUUCUGGAAGCCACAAGAACAGAACUAUCAAAGCCUCUGCACACAAGAGCCGACCGAGGUUGCUCUCAACUGUGUCUCAAGGCUCUUCUUCGCACAUGUCCAAUUUUGACAUUACAGGUAAUCCACAAAUGGAUGCAUAUCUCCUCCAGGACUCAGAUGCCCAUUCAGUCUCCUCUCAAAUGUUUUACCCUACCCUACCCAUGAGCGUAGGCUUGACCGCGGAUGGAUUGCCUUAUUCUCCUGCCGGUUUUACGUCUGGCAUGACGCAGCAACAUAUCGAUCCUACCCAAAUGCAAUUGAACUUCGAUGCCAACAUCACCGGAAACUCACCUGCUGCUACCACAUGGAGCUCUCUGAGCCCCGUCGAAUCACGACUUUCUACCCCCGGACUCCCUGAGGAUGCGUGGUCUGUUCCUAUGGACGCAUCUCCCACACGGACAAAUGAUUCCUCGCCAAUUAUGGAUGGCAUUUCGCCAAGCCUCGAUCGCCAGAUGGGUUUGAUGACCACAGAGGAUCCCAAUGGAGUUGUUUUGGCAGAUGACAUGUUUGCUUUACCUCCUUCCUUUACUCGCCGCUCCAGCGGCGAUGGUGAGUCUUCUGCUCGGGAUCAUCCUUUGUACAAGACCGCCAUCCCCCAUGCCGAUGGAUUAUUCCACUGCCCGUGGGAGGGCCAAUCCAGCUGCAACCACAAGCCCGAGAAGCUGAAGUGCAACUACGACAAAUUCGUCGACUCGCACCUGAAGCCAUACCGGUGCAAGAUCGAUUCGUGCGAGAAUGCCCGUUUCUCCUCGACUGCCUGCCUCCUCCGACAUGAGCGAGAAGCUCAUGCUAUGCAUGGUCAUGGCGACAAGCCUUAUCUCUGCACAUAUGAAGGAUGUGAUCGUGCUGUUCUCGGAAACGGAUUUCCACGCCAGUGGAACUUGAAAGACCACAUGAGGCGUGUUCACAAUGACAAUGGCAAUUCGCUAAACGCCGUCAGUGGAUCUCCCCCAUCCGGACAGGGAUCUGCCGCACAAUCGGCCAAGGGCCGAAAGCGCAAGAACAAGGACUCGGUAGACAGCGCUCCCAGCCGCAAGCAUGCUUCCAGAUAUGCCCAGGCAGAGGCCGCUAACCGAGCUGCUGAGCAGCCGAUGGUGGAUGAAUGGCACCAGCACCACAAGGCCCUCCAAACCUACCUACAGGAGUACAGCGUCCCUGAUGCGUUUGACUACCUGCAGCACAUCACUGAGGCCAGGGACCACCUGGCGGCCAUGGGGAAAAUCUCCCAGAAGCUUCUUCAUUCAAACAAAGCAUUGGGCUCUCAGGAUUCUUAUAGACGAUCCCACGGACACCACUCUCGCUAAAUGAAAAAUGCAUAGAGCGGGACAUGUGGCCCAAGGAUGAUAUUUACGAACCAAGGAAAGUGCAAGUGCACAUUAUAUUCCACUUUUAUUCCACCCCCAUCGGUCAGGAGACCGUGACGGAGCCUGGCCAGGCUCCGUGAGGACUAUGUAGAGAAUCAGCAUGCUCCGAGCCGAGCCAGGCAUUGGACCCAGGGAUACCCGGCGCUACGUCUCGUUGAUUGUAGAUUUUCCCGGAUUGAAACCUGAAACCAACCAAGGACAUGCCAAAGGGGACGAGGGGGAGAUUAUAUCCAGGAUUUAUACGCCUGAGAGGAAGAGGAUAUGCCAUAGAGGAAGGGCAUGACGACCAUUGUGGUCGUAUAGAUGUGGAAAGUCAGAGUCUCAAUAGACCAGGAGGGGGAUAAUUCUUGACUUAUGAUGACAAGAUUUAUAGAAGAGAGGGGGGGUUGGUGAUGAUGAUCUGAUUAACAUAGACACUUGCUAUUUUAUUUGUUUUGGAUAUCCAUGGAAUCUACUAGGUAUUUAGACUACCUACGUAGUUAGCUUACAUUAGCUACAUUUUAGAAUUUUGAAAAUCAGAAUAUACCAGAUGCAUUCAAGAC